AAAUUUGAGCCUUCUCUUAUCUUCCCUUCUCUUCUCUUCUCUUCUCUUCUCUCUCUCCUCUGUCUGUCUAUCUCUGUUACGGUGCCACGUGUACAACCACUGAUCGUUCGAUUGGAGCCAACCCAAAGUUGCAGAGAGAGCCAGCCUUCGGAGGAAGAAGAGAGAUAUAGUUUGUGCAUGUCUUGACAUUCACCUCUCAGUCCACUCUUUCUCUCUCUGUCUGUCUCUCAUGUCCCUCCUCCUCGUCCAUUUCACACCUCUCCCUCUCUCUGCAAACCCUAUCAUCAAACCCUAACACAACACUCCCUCACUUCCUCCCUCCUCUACUCUCUCUCUCUCUCUCUCUCUCUCUCCACAAAUUCAUUCCUCAUUCAUUCAAUUCCCUCUCUGGAUCGCAUUUCGGGUUCUCUCUCUUGAUCAGUUGGGUCAAUUUGUGCAUUGGUUACGUGAUUGAAUUGGUCUGUUUCGAGAUCUGUCGUCUGAUUUUGUGCAAUUUUGAUCUGGAAGGUGGUAGUAUAUCAUUGAAUCAAUUAACGGUGUGGAUCCGAUCAGGGGAGUAACAGCGCCAUCCAAUGGCGCUGUUCAGAAGAUUCUUCUAUCGGAAGCCUCCGGAUCGGCUUCUCGAGAUCUCCGAGCGGGUCUAUGUGUUUGAUUGUUGCUUUUCCACGGACGUAUUGGAAGAAGAUGAAUACAAAAUGUACAUGGGUGGCAUUGUAGCUCAGCUACAAGACUACUAUCCCGAUGCUUCUUUCAUGGUUUUCAACUUCAGAGAAGGGGAAAGGAGGAGCCAGAUUUCAGAUUUAUUAACUCAGUAUGACAUGACAGUCAUGGAUUACCCACGGCAAUACGAGGGGUGUCCUCUGUUACCAUUGGAGAUGAUUCACCACUUCCUUCGGUCCAGCGAGAGCUGGUUGUCAUUGGAGGGUCAACAAAAUGUACUUUUGAUGCACUGUGAAAGGGGUGGAUGGCCCGUGCUUGCAUUCAUGCUUGCGGGUCUUUUGUUAUACCGAAAACAGUACAGUGGUGAGCAAAAAACUCUUGAAAUGGUGUACAAGCAAGCUCCAAGGGUUCUUCUUCAUCUUCUGUCUCCUUUAAAUCCCCAACCUUCCCAAUUGAGAUAUCUUCAGUACAUUUCUAGACGUAAUUUGGGUUCAGACUGGCCGCCCUCAGAUACACCUUUAGGUGUGGAUUGUGUUAUACUUAGAAUUGUUCCCGUGUUUGAUGGAGGAAAGGGUUGCCGACCCAUUGUUCGUGUCUAUGGUCAGGACCCUUCUACCACAGCCAGUAGAAGUUCUAAGCUUCUGUUUUCGACUCCAAAGACAAAGAAACGUGCUCGCCUUUACCAACAGGAAGAGUGUGAGCUAGUGAAAAUAGAUAUUCAUCGCCGCGUUCAAGGGGAUGUUGUUCUUGAGUGCAUUCACAUGGAUGAUGAUCUAGUAAGGGAGGAAAUGAUGUUCAGAGUUAUGUUCCACACUGCAUUUGUCCGUUCAAAUGUUUUAAUGUUGAACCGUGAUGAAGUUGAUGUUUUGUGGGAUGCGAAGGUUCAAUUCCCAAGGGAGUUCAAAGCAGAGGUACUCUUUUCGGAUGCUGAUGCAGUGCAAUCUAUCAUCACCACAGAAGUGGAAAGUGAAGAUGAGAAUGAGGCAGAAAGUGCUUCACCUGAGGAGUUUUUUGAGGUUGAGGAGAUUUUCAGCAGUGUAGUGGAUGCGCAGGAUGGAAAAGCAUACUUGGGUUCUCAGAUAGUUCAAGACAAUGCGCAGGAUGAUGAGAACAAUAAAGUAGUUUGGACAGAGGCUUUGGAUCCUCACACAUUUCAAGACUGUGCAGCUGAUGAGGCAAAUCAUAAACAGGAUGGGCACUUAUCUAGCGAAGACAAUCACAAACAGGAUGGGAAGGUUGUUUUUAAUUCUAAUGAGGUAAAAUCCAUUGCUUUAGAUGAUAGGGAUGAGUUAGGUUCCUCCGUAGUGGUUGCCGAUGCGCCUAGCAAUUUAGAAACCAAGGUAGUAACUGCAGAUGUGAGUGGCAAGUUGGAAGAGAUGGAGAGUAGACAAGACAGAGAAGACUGUGCUAUACAGAAGAACUUAGAAAGGCAGGGUUUGCAACAGAAGUCAAGUGCUCCUAUCAGUAGACAAAAAUCUGAUAAGUCAAUCCCACCUUCACCAAAGAAACAGCCAACUUCAAAUGCAACUGUUACAAAGCAAAAAAUUAAACAGCAAGAAUCUCAAGGCACUCCUAUGAGACAGGCAAAACCAAACACAGUAUCUCGGUGGAUUCCUUCUAACAAAGGCUCUUACACUAAUUCAAUGCAUGUAUACUAUCCACCAUCAAGAUAUAACAGUGCACCACCUGUCCUGGCCGUUGCAAAGGAUUCUCGUGCAGGUAGCAAAUCAAAGGCUUCUGCUACUUCUGGAGCUGUGGUUCCAACUGAUGAUGCUUCUGAAUCCACUAGUCGUGAAGUGGAUUGUAUGAGAGGUGCAGACACUGAACCGGUGAAACAUACUUCCUGUCCGCCAGCAUUGGGUGGACCACCACUUCAAGUAACUUCCCCUCUUUAUUCAGCUUCACCACCACUACAUCCAGGCCCACUUUCAGUGGCUCCUCCUCCUCCUCCUCCUCCUCCACCCCUUCCAUCUUUCUACCAGUCUUCAAAUUUUUUUCCCAAACCAGAUCCUGCAAAAGGUCUGCAAGCACAGGCAGCUUCUCCACCUCCUCCGCCUCCCUCUUCAAGCUUUUCAAUGCAUACUUAUUUGGAUAAUCUUUCUUUGCCACCUGCUCCCUCUUUGCAGGUGCCAGCAAAAAGUCUGUCCCCUCCACAUCCUCCUCCUCCUCCUCCGCCGCCACCGCCACCGCCACUGCCAUUGUCUACGAGAAAUGCUACUUUUGUGACUUCUCCACCACCUCCUUCACCUCCUCCUCCUCCUCCUCCACCUCCUCCUCCUCCACCUGCAAGGGUCAAUCUCUCUCCGUCUCACAAUUCCCUGACUCUGGCGGGUAUAUCUAAUAAUUCCCAAUCUUCUAUCUCAAAUUCUCAAUCAUAUCUAUAUCUAUAUCUAUGUAGUUCCAAAAUAAGCCCUAAUCACCACUCAAAUUCUACUCAAAGACCACCCGCUGCCAGAGUUGGAGUUUCUAUUCCACCUCCACCUCCACCUCCACCUCCACCUCCACCUCCACCCGUGUAUGGAGUUAUGCCUUCUCCUCCACCAUCCCCACCCCUUCCACAUGGUGCUCCACCUCCACCUCCACCUCCUCCUCCAAUGCAUGGAGCACCUCCUCCGCCACCUCCUUCUCCAAUGUAUGGUGCAAGGCCUCCGCCACCACCUCCUUCAAUGUAUGGAGCACCACCUCCGCCACCACCUCCUCCGAUGUAUGGAGCACUGCCUCCGCCACCUCGUCCAGUCCGUGGAGCCCCACCUCCUCCACCUCCGCCAAUCCAUGGAGCACCACCUCCGCCACCUCCUCCUCCAAUGCAUGGAGCACCGUCUCCACCACCACCUCCUCCAAUGCAUGGAACACCGCCUCCACCACCUCCUCCUCCUCCAAGCCGUGGGGCCCCACCUCCACCACCUCCUCCUCCAAGCCGUGGGGCCCCACCUCCGCCUCCUCAUCCAAGUUGUGGAGCCCCACCUCCUCCUCCUCCACCUCCUUCAAUUGGAGCACCACCUCCACCACCUCCCUCAUUGCAUGGAGCCCCACCUCCACCUCCUCCUCCUGGAGGUCAUGCACCUGGCCCUCCACCACCACCUGGCCCACCUAGACCUCCAGGUGGUGCACCUCCCCCACCUCCACCCUUUGGUUCCAAAGGACCAGCAGGUGGUGCACCUCCCCCACCUCCUGGAAGAGGCCGUGGGCUUUCACGUCCUGCAGGACCUGCUUCAGCCCCUCGAAGAUCUAACUUAAAGCCAUUACAUUGGAGCAAGGUAACCAGGGCAUUGCAAGGAAGCUUAUGGGAAGAAUUGCAAAGACAUGGAGAGCCUCAAAGUGCGACAGAAUUUGAUGUGUCAGAGCUGGAGACUCUUUUCUCUGCUAUAGUCCCAAAGUCGUCCGGAGGUAAAUCUGGAGAGCGGCGGAAGUCUGCUGGAUCUAAAACUGACAAAAUUACCCUGGUUGAUCUCAGGAGGGCCUAUAACACUGAAAUUAUGCUUACUAAGGUUAAGAUGCCAUUGUCGGACAUGAUGGCUGCAGUACUAGCGAUGGAUGGUUCCAUUUUAGAUGCUGAUCAAGUGGAAAAUCUUAUAAAAUUUUGUCCUACUAAAGAAGAAAUGGAGCUUAUUAAGAAUUACACUGGUGAUAAGGAGAACCUGGGGAAAUGUGAACAGUUUUUUCUGGAGCUGAUGAAGGUGCCAAGGGUGGAGUCUAAAUUAAGAGUGUUUCUUUUCAAGAUUCAGUUUAAUUCUCAGAUUUCAGAUUUUAAGCAGAGUUUGAACACUGUGAACUCUGCAUGUGAAGAGGUUCGGAAUUCCCUUAAAUUGAAGGAAAUCAUGAAGAAAAUCUUAUAUCUGGGGAAUACAUUAAAUCAAGGAACUGCCAGAGGUUCUGCUGUUGGAUUCAAGUUGGACAGUCUUUUAAAACUCACUGAUACACGUGCUUCCAACAGCAAGAUGACAUUGAUGCAUUAUCUUUGCAAGGUCCUUGCCUCUAAGUCACCACCUCUUUUGGACUUUCAUGUGGAUCUUAAUAACCUGGAAGCUGCAACAAAGAUACAAUUGAAGUCCUUAGCAGAAGAAAUGCAAGCUAUUAUCAAAGGAUUAGAAAAGCUACAGCAGGAGCUGGGUGCAUCUGAAAAUGAUGGUCCUGUAUCUGAAGUUUUCCGUAAGACACUGAAGGAAUUCAUUGGUAUUGCUGAGACAGAGGUGGCAGCUGUAACGAAUUUGUAUUCAGUGGCUGGUAGAAACGCAGAUGCACUUGCCCUAUAUUUUGGUGAGGACCCCGCCCGUUGCCCAUUUGAACAAGUUACUGUGACCCUCUUAAACUUUGUGAGGUUGUUCCGAAAAGCACAUGAAGAGAACUGUAAACAGGUUGAAUUGGAAAAGAAAAAAGCUCAGAAGGAAGUUGAAAUGGAAAAGGCAAAGGGGGUUAAUCUAACAAAGAAAAGUGGGAAAUAAUUAAGAUUGUUUGCUUCAAUCCCCGGCAAUGGGGAAUUAUGGUUCUUCCGUCAGAGGUCUGCCAGGUUGCUUACACGGUGUCCAAGGACACGUAUUCAAAGACGGGCAAGGAGUGUCCCUCUCCAGUAUUCUCCAGUAUUGUUGUAAUGGUACGCCUUUUACGGGAUUCAAGAAAAUGAAGGGGAAAGGCCCCUUCCUGAGGCUUGCGGACCUUAAACUGUCUUUGAACAGGUCAGAUGCAUGAAUAUGAUUACAUCACUUGGCCAAUACUGUCUGAUAUAUGACCGUAUCAUUGAUCCUGACAUGUAUCCUGAUACUGUUAUUUAAAACCGUUAUCAGUGGUUAUCUUAGUUAUUGGAGGAAUGGAUCUGGCCCUUUCUCAGUUCAUGUAUAGAAGAAGAUUUUGGUAAUAUUUGGGUCGGUUCUUCAAUACACUAGGCACAGUUUUGGCUUUCACCAUUCAUUUGGCAUUUCAGCACCAGAGAGCGAUUGCCCUUGUGACUGUAAAGCACAACCCCACAAUGUAACAUGAAACAUGUACAGAGCUUCUAACCUUGUACUUAACAUUCAAAUUUGAUUCUUUUCAUUGUAUCAUAGAAGUAGGAUCUCAAAUUAUCUAGGAACAAAAAAAGUAUGACCCCUUUUUUUUUGUUUUUUCCCCCUCUCGUAUUGAGAUUUUGGCAGGAAUUCAUCACGAAAUUGUUGUAUAGAAGGUUAGGAGGAUAAGAAGAGGAAGUAGGAGACAGGUUCUCUUUUGUUGCAAUUGUAAUAUAACUUUAGUAUAGGCUGUUGGUUUAGAAUCUGCUUGUUUCUUUCAUUGAUUCAUAUUUACUCGGAAGUAUAUUCUCAUUUAUUUGACCUAAAAACUUAUCUUCUCAUCUUA